AUGUAUUCAACUCUUCAAUAUCAUCAUUCAAGCGCUUGGUUAAUCCAACAGCAGCAAUUUUACAACUUUCCACAUUACGAUCAUUCACACCAACAGCCUCAAUUACCGCUAGACAGCUUGAGUUUGAAGCAUAAAGAGGUUGUCUUGUACAAGACUGAAUUCUGCAGAAACUGGACUGAGUUGGGUCAUUGUCGCUAUGGUAAGAAAUGCCGCUAUGCACAUGGUGAAUCAGAAUUACGUACGGUACCCAGACACACACGAUACAAAACACAAAUUUGUCGUGCCUAUCAUACGGAUGGCUCUUGCCCAUACGGUAUUCGAUGCACCUUUGUUCACGAUGCUACCGACAACGAUAUGAGCAGCAUCAGUAGCCACGGCAGUAGUAGCAGUGGUAGCAAUCAUGGUAAUGACGCAAGUCUACUGUUUGACGCCUCAUCCUCCUUUUUGUCGCUUCAGAACAAUCCCCACAAACAGUGUCUCAUCAUGAAACAGCAACAAUACAAACAACAACAACCUAUUGAAACAAUGCACUGCUACUAUAGACCUCAAGGAGCCCUGUGGAUGUAA